AUGUUCCGAGGUAGUGGGGCGCGUAAGUGUUGCUCCUCUUCCUUUCUUUAUCGCACCGCCCCCACUUCGGCGGCCACUGGCACUUCCCCACCUUCGCUGGUGACGGUCCCCCUGCUACGUGCCGCUCUGCUUCUUCGGUGGCGUUUGCUUUCGCUGCAGUUCGAUGGAGACUCAAAUAUGUGUGUUCUCGCAGAAGACGCCGCCGAUGGUCUUCCACGUGGAACACGGCUUGAAAUGUACGGUUCAAAUGUUCAACUUGUCCGACAGCUCAGCGGUGCUGGCGAAGCAUUGCUUCAACCUUCCGUCAUCGGUGAAGUCACCGCAACCCUGGAGGGUGCGCUUACUGACGAUACAACGGAAAGGCGAGGGAGGCAGAUUGUUGCUGUGUUAUCCCCACCACACCUCUCGUCAUCGCUAGGGGGGCCCGAAUUUAAAGGAAAUGAAGAUGUUGAGGUAAUUGCACAGUGGACUCUAUCGCGGAAGCGUGUUGAGAAUGUGCAAAGAGUAACAGACACGACCAAAAGAGACGGGGUCAAAAAUGAGGAGCCACCGCCGCUGAUGGAGAACGGCAUUGUGUUUCCCUCUCCACGUUUUGCAGGCCUUAGGGUCCUGCGUGCCGCACGGCACUCGUUCGCGCUUUUGCUUGAGAAUGAACUGCGGGAGAGGACGGGGGAAAGUGAAGUAGGGAAGGUAGGACCACUCGCUGUUCUUGAUGUUAGCGAGUUGGAUUGCACUUUUAGUCGGGUUGCGGUGCAGAUGGCUGUGGAGCGCGGCCUUGUUCUGGAGCAACACAUGCAUGUUAAUUUUGUUCCUCUCACACCUGCUGCCACUGCUACUGCUGAUGAAACUGUCCGAAGUCUUCUCCGCCUUGUGGCGCACCCCACACGCGGCGCUCAUUUAGAUCCACUUCGCCCGCUACAAGCGCGCUGUUUCAAACUCGGAUGUUGCACUUUUUGUAGUAAAGGUCGUGGUAGUGCUGCCAACGAAGGCUCGAAGAAGGAUGAAGCCUCUCUGGUUUCGCGGUUGGCGGGUGUGAUUUCAAAGAUUCACAGCAAUGGGACCCUGCUCGUGAACCUUGUUGGCGAUGGCAUCAACCAUGAGGAGUUGCGACAAGGUGCAGAAAUGCAUCUUGUGGAGGCGCUUCUGCGCGCUGACAGGUGUGGUGUGGUAAUAGACGAGGUGUUACCAGCGGCCGAUACACGCGGUACGGCCAUAUCUUUCGUUGUCUCACUUUGUUGA